AGGAGCUCCUGUACGACGAGAUCAUGUCCUUCAACCCCGCCCCCAUCACAUAAUCAGCGUGCUAUCGCGGGAUCGUAUCGUCAGUCGCCCUCCUGUCUUCUGUGCGAUCUCCACUCACCAUAUGUACUCAUUAGAUUCUUAUACACUUGGGCUUUGCGUUGUCGCCGUCUCCCCCUUUCCCUCUUGGACUUCUCUGCGCGUGCCUCAACCGCCGUGCACCCUCCCCGUCGUUGCGCGACUUUCAUGCGCAUCGCACGCGCGAUUUGAUACGCUUCCCCACCCGCACGCUCACAUACUCCAUAUACACACAUAUCUUCAUCUCCUUAUUCUUCUCUUCUCGUCGGCCAUGUUGCCUGAGCAGGAGGGCGUCGACAGUGUACCCACCUUUCCACCCACGUCGCGUUUGCUUUGCAUCUAUCGCUAUCAUCUUCAGACCAAGGAUCGCUCAGACAGUUCAUUUAUGUACCACCAGGCAAUGUAGAAAACCCCUCAACCACC